AUGUCUCUAUACUGGCCUGAUUAUACACUUGGGCAAUUCGAAAAUUCUAUGUCUCGCCUAUUUGAUGAUUUCUUCAAGGAUCUCAAUAUUGAAAGACAAUCUAAUAAUUCGGUUACACGAAGCGGUAGGAUUCCUCUUGAUAUUCAUGAAGGCGAAAAAGAGUUUACUGUGUGUGCCGAGUUACCGGGAGUCACCAAAGAACAAAUCAAUCUUGACGUUCGUGAAAAUAUGCUAGUAAUUUCUGAAGGAAAUGCACAUAUUCAAGAACGUCGUUAUGGAAGUUUCUCUCGUGCUAUUACUCUUCCUCGUAGCGCUAAAACUAGUGAUAUCGCUGCUAAAUUUGAACACGGUGUUCUUGAAGUCAAAAUUCCAAAAGAUGAAAAUAAAGAAUCUAGAAAGAAAAUUGAUAUUCAAUAA